AUGGUUAUACAAUUGAAAGCAUUGUGUAAUAAUGCUGAAUAUGUAUCUGUCACAUCAGAUAUAUCGACUGAUACGCAAGCACGUUCUUAUAUUGGUAUUACCUUGCACACAUUUAUUGAUGAUGAUUUAAAAUCAAAACCAUAUUUAUUAUCAUUCACACCAUUGAAAGGUCAUCAUACAGCUGAUGUUUUAUUAGCUGAGUUUGAAAAAGUGAUUAAUUAUUAUCAUAUUGAGAAACAAUUAGUACGUUUAAUUACGCAUAAUACAGCAAAUAAUAUAAAAGCAUUUAAUGAUAUUUUACUUCCUGGUUUUGAAUCAUAUUUUGAAAAUGAUGACUUUAGCAAUGAGGACAAUAGCUUAUCACAAGAUAAUAAUGAUGAUUGUGAAGAAAAAUGUGAUGAUGAUUCAAAUGAUCAUUUUGAAUCAGUACCGUUAGCUGAUGAUAUUAUUCAAUGUGUUAGUGAAAAUUUAGAACUAUUACGUUUACUAUGCUUUUGCUCAUACAUUGCAAUUGGUUGUCAAUGA